CUUUUAAACUUUUGACAUCAAAACACAAGAAUUGCAAGUAGAAUAGAACAAACACCCAACAGAAAAAACACUCUCUCUCUUUCUCGAGCCCCUUGCCACCUUCACUCAGAGCUUAGCUUAGCUUAGCUUUGAUUCUUCCUGCUUCUCUUUCUCUCUCCUCUUUUCCAUUUUCUCCUUCUUUUACCCUCUCUAUCUCUCUCUGUCAAAGUGAAGAGAGAGAAAGUAAGAAAGAAAAAAUCCCACCAAGUUUCAAGCUUUUAUUCAUUCCUCUGUUUCUCCCACCAUUUUUAAGCUUCACUAAUUUAUUUUUUGCAAAACAAAAUUAUUCCGAAAAAACCCUUUUUUUUUUAGUUACAAAAAAAAUGAGUUUGAAAGUUUGAGUAUUUUAUUUUUCAAAACCCAUUUUUUUUAGCUAAGAAAAAAAAAUGAGUUUUGCAGAUUCUUUGUUUCAGAAUAAGUUUGCUUCUCUUAAAACCAACCCAGUUGAGUAGAAGAUUCUGAGAGUUGUUAAGAAAGACAAAAAGAAGAAAAACACCAUUUUUAGAAGAAACCCAGAAAACCCUAAAGGGUAAAGCUUCCAUCUUUUUUUUUCCAUUUUAAUGGUAAAGAAGAAAAGAAAAGUGUUGUAAAAUAUGCUGCACAUUCUUCCAAAAUUCCACCUUUCUCUUCCUUUCUUAAUCUUUUUCAUCUUUUAAAACCAUAAAAACCCAUCUCUCUUUUUUCUUUAAAAAUUUUAAUUUCUAAAAAAUAAAAAAAAAUGGGAUGUGUAGCAUCAAGAUUAGAGGAUGAAGAAGAAGUAGUUGCAAUUUGUAGAGAGAGAAAAAAGUUGAUGAAAUUAGCAGUUGAGAGAAGAUAUGCAUUAGCUGAUGCACAUUGUAAGUAUUGUCAUUCUCUUUAUGCAGUUUCAGCUGCCAUUAAACUAUUUGUAGCUAGACAUUCAACACCUUCUUCACCAUUUUUAAUCACAUUUCCACCUCCAAAUUGUGGUGUAUCUCCUUCAACAAAUCCACCAAUAACACAAAAUGUUGCUGAAAAAGUUAUUACAAACCCUAUGUUUCUUCAACAAAACCCAUCUCACCCUACACAAAAACAACAACAAGAACAAGAACAACAAUGUUGUGAAUCAUCCCCUGUUUCUUCAACAACUUCUUCACUCUCCUCAUCUUCUGAGGAGGAAGAGGCAGAGAAUGUGGGAGGAGAAGAAGAGAUAAUGAGAAUGAGGAAUGUUGUUGGGACAAAUCAACCAUAUGGGUAUUACUAUAUGAGUACACCAAUGUCAAUGUCUAUGUCAAUGCCACCACCAAUGCCAUCCCCUCAAAGGGAUUAUGGUGGUUGGGACUUCUUUAACCCCUUUUCAGGGGUUCGAAACGAUGUCGUUGGGGCCGAGUUUCAGCGACACCCUGAGGAGGAGUUGAGGGCGGUUAGGGAGGAAGAAGGGAUACCUGAAUUGGAAGAGGAAAGAGGAGGAGGGGAGGAGGGGAAUGCUGUGGAAGAGAAAUGUGGCGUUGGCGGUUGUGAUUGUGGUGCUAAAGGUGGUGGAGGUGUGGUGGAGCAUUUAGUUAAGGGUGGAGGAGUUGAUGUUGUUAAGGGAAUGGAGGGAGGAAAUGUGAGAGAAAGUGAAAAGGGAUUAACUGUUAUUGAUCAAUCCCUUGAAGUUGAAGGGAGAGAGUUGUUAAAUGCAUUGAAAGAUAUUGAGGAUCAUUUUAUAAGAGCUUAUGAUUCUGGUAAAGAUGUUUCUAAGAUGCUUGAAGCUAACAAAAUGCAUAUGCAAUCUGGUCUUGAAGAAAUUAAAGAGAACUCAACCAAACUCAUUCAAGCUAUUACAUGGCACCGGUCAAAUACAUUGCGGUCUUCAUCGUGUAAAAGUUUAGUUGCUUCAAGCUCUAAGAACUCCACCUCAUGGACGGAGUAUAAGAACGAUCUUUUCGACGAUUAUGGUGGCAUGUCAGCUGGAAGCCAUUCACUAACACUAGGAAGACUAUACGCUUGGGAAAAGAAGCUCUAUGAAGAGGUCAAGGCUGGAGACACCAUAAGAAAGCUGUAUGAAAGAAAAUGUGCACAGUUGAGAAACAAGGAUGUAAAAGGAGAGGACUCAUUAUCUGUAGACAAGACCCGAGCAGCGGUGAAAGAUCUCUACUCCCGAAUUUUGGUUGCCAUCCGGCGAGCUGAGUCUAUCUCUGAGCAAAUUCAGAAACUUGCAGAUGAAGAGCUUCAGCCACAGAUCAUUGAACUGCUGCAAGGUUUGACUCAAUCCUGGAAGAUAAUGAUGGAAUCCCAUGAAACUCAGAACCACAUAAUAUUUGAAGUAAGGACUUUUGACUGCCCAACAUAUGGAAAAUUCUGCAAUGACUCGCACCGGCUUGCUACACUACAGCUCGAGGCCGAGAUUCAAAACUGGCGGGAAUGCUUUUCAGAGUAUGUUGCUGCACAAAAAUCUUAUGUCGAGGUUCUUCAUGGAUGGUUAUCCAAGUUCAUUGUCCCGGAGGUUGAAUUUGGUUCUAAAUCAAAGAGUUUCAACGCAUACCGAGCAAAAGGUCCUCCAUUGUACAUUAUAUGUCGUGAUUGGUUAACUUAUAUGGAAAACUUACCCGAUAAGGCUGUCUCCGUGGCGAUGAAAAGUUUUGUGAGGGAUGUAAGGGGUUUAUGGGUUCAACAAGGGGAAGAACAAGACCAGAAAAGGAAAGUUGACAAAAUGGCUAAAGAACUAGAGAAGAAGAUGAUUGCAUAUCAGAAAGUUGAGGGGAGAAUUCAUGAAAGUACCAAGUUUUUAGAGUAUAAACCUUCAGAAAUUGAUGCACAAAGUCAGGAUGAUACGCAACAGCAACAGCAACAAGAACAGCAAACAGAUUAUCUACUUGAAAAGAAAGAUGCUUUAGACACCUUCAAGCGGCGAUUAGAAUUUGAGAAGGAGAAACAUCACAAUUUCAUGGAAGAAACACAAAGGAUUACAUUGAACGGAUUUCAAACUGGAUUCUCUUUGAUUUUUGAUGCCAUGGUACAUUUCUCAAAGGCUUCACUUAAAAUGUACAAUGAUUUGGUGAAUGAUAGACAGCAUUUGGAGAAGGGUGAAAAACAGCCCAGCUUGCAAGAAGGUUCCUACGUCAAUGAGCACCUAAAGUAACAAAUGAACUAUGGUUCUGUUCGGUCAAAAGGGCCUUGAGAAUUUUAACAAUCAAGGAUGACGCGUUCUAGAGUUAAGUUUGUACAUUAGACUUGUGCCGAAGCAGCUCGCUGAGGCGCAGGUUUAGAGUGAUUAUUAGCUGUUUUCUUAGCAUUGGUUUAUUUUUAAUUGAGGGUGAGAUUUGAUUGAAUGCCCACAAUUUUGUUGUAAACUCUGGAUGCUCACAUCUCUCUUUGGCCUAGAAAUCUAAGGUCAAGGGGGUUGUGGCUUCAAAAUGGUCAGGUGGGCAUUCUUUGUAUGUUGUAUGUAGUAGGACAUCUUGGUGUUUUAGUACAAAUUGUCACUAUGGCCAA